AUGGGAGGCUUGUCCCGUGAAUAUCCAAUCAAGGGUUGUAGACUCGGCUACAAGCUCUUCCAGUUUGAUAAGUCCGGCUUGAAACAGGUAGAGAUAUAUAUCAGCACCAAGCAAGAUGUCAACCUGACCUGGAGUAUCAAACGACGUGUCUGCGGUAUGAUUGAGAUCGAGGCAACGUUGGACGAGGAUUGGCUCUACCGUGACAGAGGAAUGAAUACAAACACUAUUCGACUGUGGCAACCACAACUGUUUGCUAUUAUUGCUCAAGAAUCAACAAAACCAGAUGGCUCUGCACCACAACUUCCUUUUUGCAGUGUUAUUGAUAAUUUCACUUUUACGCUCAGAGAAACUAGUUUACCAGAAGGCAUUAAUAAUAACAGCAAGCUCAGCCCCUGUAGUACGUAUCCUGUCAGUAAUAACGUAUAUUCAAAUACAAUCAUAAUAUCAGCAUCAUCAUUGUUAUUUACUUUCUUUUUGGGAAUUUUUGUUGGAAGUAUAAAUAAUAAGUACCUCUUAUUGAUAUGUUACUUUAUUUCUUCUUGCGCGGCUGUAUCAUUAAAUUGGUCGAAUAACGUGUACGUUACACUAACGUGCAUAAGUUUGUUUGUUGGAUGCUUAAGCGCAUCUCUAAACUUAGUUCUUAGUGCUGUCGUCAAUCUUUUUCCAACAAACAUCAGAACCAUGGCAGUAAGUUUAACUAUGAUGCUUGGUCGCAUUGGAUCACUAAUUGGAAACCUUUUAUUUCCCAUAUUACUACAAAAUGGAUGCACAGUUGCUUUAAUGAUACUGACAGUCUUGCUUCUUGUCGCUUGCAUCUUAGUCAUAUUAAUCCCAAGAGCUCAACACAAUAUUAAAUGAUACAUACGUAUACAUUUGUUAUCCUCUAUGAAUUUAAUAGUGAAUUGGCUUGGUUAACUAAACUAUUA